AUGGGACUAAAGCUUUGCUGUGCAGCAUAUCCUGAAGAUCAAAACAAACAAACCAACCCUAGUAUGGAACUUUCUAUAAAAGACGAAUUUGAAAACCACGAAGAACCCCCAACUGGUGAAUCUAAAAAAUCUCAAUCUCCUUUUGCCAUAGUAUUUGAUGAGCCUCAAACUCCAUCUGAGCCAAUCCCAUUAUACAAGAGAAAAAGCUCACUUAAAUUUAGUUUGAGAAGAUUAAUAUCAGUCUGACAUGAAGCCAUAACUGAAUCAUACGAUAUUAAAGAAAGACUUGGAAAAGGAGGCUGUGGCGAAGUCUGGAAAGUUCUUCACAAGCCUACUGGGAUGGAGCGUGCCAUGAAAUCAAUCACAAAAGACGCUUUUUCUGAUAAUAAUGAGCCUGACAUUAAUGAAGUCAAUGUUCUGAAAGAACUUGAUCACCCAAAUAUCAUUAAAAUAUAUGAUAUCAUUGUAUCAACUCGAAAAUACUUUAUUAUUAUGGAAUUAAGUACUGGAGGUGAUCUUAAUGAUUUUAUUUUAAAAAAUGACCAAUUGUCAGAACAAGAUAUUUCUAGCACUUCGAAAUAGAAAAAUCAUAAAAAUCCCAAGAAAAAGUUUUAUAUAUUGGCUGUAUAAAGAAUUUGCAUUUCUUAAUUAAUUUUUAAUAAUCAUUAGCUAAUAUUGUUAAAUUUAGACAGUAUACAUUAUAUAAUUUUUGCUUUUAUAUUUAUAUUGAAAUCCAAGCAAUUUUUUAAAUAAUUUCUAUAUAGAGCUAAGGACGACCCAAAUCAGGCUUUGGGCUAUAAAAUUUAUCACGAGCAAAAAAGUUUGGCACGAUAGAAAAUGGAGUAAAUGAAUGUACAAUAUUUUAUCAGGAAUUUCUUAUUUGCAUUCCAAGAAUGUAAUCCAUAUGGAUAUUAAGCCAGAUAAUAUCAUGUUUCAAGACGACGCACCUGACUCUCUUCUCAAAAUAAUAGAUUUUGGAAUGUCUAUAAUCAAAUCCUCUCCAAAUCAACCAAGACUUGGUAAUGGAAGUGUAAGCUAUAAAUAGAUUGAUUAUAAAGCUCCAGAGGUUUUUGAUGGGAGUCAUUCUGCAAAAGCAGAUGUAUGAAGUUGCGGAGUCCUUUUAUAUUGACUACUCAGCAGAGGAAAUUUGCCAUUUCAUGGGAAAAAUCAUGGAAUGACCAUAAAUAUCAUAAAAAAUGAAGACGUGAUUUUUCCAUCUGAUCAAUGAAAUUGGGUCACUGAUGGAGCUAAAGAUUUAAUUAGAAAAAUGCUCACAAAAGAUCCAGAUAAGCGUAUCUCUGCAAAGGAUGCUUUUGAUCACAAAUGAGUCCAAGGAUACUCUAAUAUCCCUCAGAUAGACCCUGCUUUUUUGCAUGAUGCUUUUGGCCGCUUAGUCAAAUUUAAGUCUUAUCUUAUCAUCCGCCAUGCUGCACUUGAAUAUAUUUCUUCUCAUUUUUCUGUUUCAAAAGAUAUAAGAAAACUCCAAAAAGCCUUUUUGGCAUCAGAUAAAAAUCGUGAUGGGGCUUUAAGCAAAGAAGAAUUAUCUGAUGUCUGCCGACAAUUGAAGUUGAGGAAAAAAACUGAUAUAGAGGAAUUAAUAGAGAAACUUGAUACUGACCAAAAUGGACAAAUUGAUUUUUCAGAAUUUAUAACUGGAGCUUUGGACUGGGAAAAAAAUAUGGGUUCAUAAUUUUGGUCUGUAUUUUUUAAUAGUCAGAAAUUUUCUGCAAGUUGAAAAUUUAGCUGGUUUUGCAGAGUAAAUAGCUUCUCUCACCCCCCUCUAUGAGCGAACAAAAAUUGUUUUAUAUCGAAAAAUAUUUCGAUAUAUAAUUGACGAUUAUUAUAAGUGAAACUAUCUGAAUCUGUUAAUUUUAAGCAGUUUAUUUUUUAAAACACAAAAUUUUACUGAUUAAAUUAAUUUUUAUUCUUCGAAAUGGAUUUUUUUACAAAAAAUUUAAUAUAAAAGCUAAUCUAAUUUUUUGUUAAAAAAAUUAGCCCUACCAUGAACGAGCAAAUAUUUUGUUCACUGAGGGUGGGAGUCAGUAAAUUAUAGGUAAAACUGCUAAAACGGAGGAUAAAUAUAUAUAGCCAAAAUAUGAGCAAAAAAAAACUUGAAGCUACUUUUAGGACUUUUGAUUUAGUGAGAUCUAUAUAGGAUAAAAGUGGAGAAAUUGAUCUCGAUGAGCUAAAACAAGUGUUGGGAGAUAGCCAAAUGGUUGACGAAGAGACAUGAAACAAGAUUUUGUCAGAAGCCGAUUUCAAUCAAGAUGGAAAAAUUCAGUUGGCUGAAUUUGAAAUGAUACUUACAGCCACUUAUUUAGAUGGGCGAGGAGGAAAAGAUAUAAUAAUUCCAGGAUUUCAGAAAUAA